AUGGCCUCUGGUACUGCACGGCUCAGUGCCGCCGUGAAGGCCGCGUGCCAAGCGAAGGCACCAAGGAGAACCAUUGCGGCGAUAGCCGCUGCUGUGACCCAGGUGCUUACGCAUCCGGUCCCGGCAGCAGUGGCUACCCCGGCAACGGUCCCUGACGUGCCGCUUGGCUCCCUGGAAUCCCAGGACGAGCUGGAGCUGAAGCUACGCGAGGUCAGACUGGCCAAGCGACGUGCGAAGCGACAGCGGCGUCGUGCUAAAGCAAAGGCUGCUGCUAGCAUGGCGGAUGCGAAGAAGCCUUUCGCUUCUACAUGGGAUGAGGUUCCGCAGCAGCUUAUAUCCACAUCGGGGAUAUGUGAGAUGGAUGCUGACAUUGCAGAGCCGUCAGAGGUCAAAGCCGCGACACAGACCAAGCGGAGGCCCGUGCCACAAGUGGACCCACAAUUCCUAGCCGAAAUGGAACGUGAACGUGAGAGACAAGCUCUUGGACAUGUAGGGACUUCUUUGACCCCAGUUCUUUCCGCUACACAUGGGGCCAAAGGACGCAAGCCUAAGCCGGACCAUAGUCAGCAGCCUGCAAGAAGAGGUCCGUACUAA